CUAAAGUCCCGUCUGGAGUCUGGACAGAUUCAUUUUUGGCGAUCCGUCAACUAAAGUUUCGCCUUUUUUUUAAUCAACGUCGUCACAAACGCUUCGAAACAAGUCUACACGGCUUAUUACGCCCAUUCUAACUCCAACUGUUUUCUCUCUCUCUAACUUAUCACCUUUUUCAUCCUUUGUAUUAACUUCAACCAACUUUCCUAUACUUGAAAUCUAAACAGAAAAUCGAAGGGAGUAAACCUCGGAACUUCUUCCAACACCGGUACGCAAAUCAUGUCGCAAUACUACGGCGCGCCCCCUCCAAACCAAUAUGGCGGCGCGGCGGCGGCGCAAAACCUUCAAUUUUACCCCUCGACAUAUUCUCCCGGUGUACCAAACCAAGGAACGCCAGCGCAAUCAUACGGCUACGGCGCCCCGACGCCCGUCCCUGGCGGAUAUGGCUUCGGGGCUACGCCUAGCGUAAGCGGGAGGAUGGGGGAACAAAGUGGCUUAAAGACGGGUUGGCUCGCCGCUUUCUCGACGGAAGGAUAUGAUGGGGAACCGCCUCUGCUGGAAGAACUAGGGAUCAACUUUGAUCACAUCUGGUCCAAGACUUUAGCAGUCCUUAACCCCUUCGGACGCAUAGACCAGCACAUCAUGGACGACUCAGAUCUCGGCGGUCCCAUCCUCUUCUUUUUCCUAUUCGGCACAUUCCUCCUCUUCAGCGGCAAGGUACACUUUGGGUACAUUUACGGAUUGGCGCUUAUGGGGUCCGUCGCGCUGCACACGAUUUUAUCCCUCAUGUCUCCCGACGGCACCAGUGCCACAUCACCCGCCCAAGCAUAUUCGUCCGACCCUUCUUACCCCGGCGAUCCCAACGCGGGCGGCAGAGACGAUUCCAAGGGACACUUGAGCAGUACCCUGACAUUUGCGAGGAGCGCAAGCGUGCUUGGGUACUGUCUGUUACCACUGGUUAUGACGAGUCUGAUUGGUAUUGUCAUACCGAUGGACGGUCCACUCGGCUACAUCUUGACCAGUGCGGCAAUUGUUUGGUGCACAACAAGUGCAAGUGGUCUGUUUUGCGCCGUAGGACGGAUGCAACAGAUGAGGGCCUUAGUGGCGUACCCCUUAAUGCUAUUCUACGUCGGCUUUGGUAUUAUGAGCAUCUUUAGCAGCCGAGGAUCCGGUAGCUUGGGCAAGGCGGCAGGCGUGUCAUGAAGUGGUAUCUGGCUUGUUAAGAGAAAAGUUUAAAUACUAGACAUUUAUCGAGGAUCGAUGAUAGCGGAAAGACAAAAAGUUCAAUCCGCAUGGGUCCACGGUAGAUCAAUCAUAUCCUACAUAACAGCAGGCAAUAUACUCGGUUGCUGGUAGCUGAUAACAGCAGUCCUGGGGAAGGGGGCCGUGAGACAGACGAGACAGACAUUAUGCAAGAUGAGUUAGUAUUA